ACAGCCUGUAUAGUGAGAUAAACCCUGAGCUUGGGGUCAGAAGAUCCAAGUAGCAGUUUCAUGUCUGGUGUUUUCUAGUUGAAUGCCCUGUAUCAUCUUUGACAUGUAGCUGCCUUCUCUGGAAAAUGCAUUAAGCAAACAUCCCUUGCCUCACAGGGCUGUGGCGAGAUCAAAUGUAAUAGAUAACGUGAGGUGUGGUGGAGGCAUCAGGUCUGUGACCGGCAGGCCCCUGGGCCAGUGUGCCUAGGAAGCACAGUGCUGGAGAGAGCGUGUGUUGUAGUAAUAGACUGGUCCUGGAUGCCUUUGCUGGGAUGCAGCAGAAAACUCCAGUUUCCUGGAGGUGCAGCAGGUCUGGUGUGGUUCUGCGAGGGUGAGGACAGCAUGAACAUCCUUAAGUGUGCCUCUGGGCAUAUUUAGCCAUUCGCUUUUGAUUAGAAGAAAGAAGAAGGCCAUCCACUUGAAAGGCAAAGCUGCAGUGACCAAAGAAGUGGUGUAAUUUCUGAAUUUCAGGAACAGUGACAUAGGAGAUGGCAGAGAGCGUAUAAAAGGACACGUACACCAGUAAGUUCUUUGGAAUACACAAAAGUAUCUGACAAGAAAGCUUAUGAAAUAGAAGACAAGAUCCUGGCCCAGGAAGCGUACAUGAGAAUAAUUUUAAAGGAACCCAGCGAUAAAUGCAAAACAGUAGCUGUUGGAGGUGAUGGAAACAUACAGGAACAGUGGGAGAAGCUGGUAACUUACAGGAAGCCAAGAUGACAAGAGUUUUAAAAAACAAUCCCUGUCUUAGAAAGUAAGAUUAUCUCCAUUUUGUGGGUGAAACCGAAAUCUCAAAGGCUGCUUUGAUUAAAUGUCAAGAGAUACAUGCACGAUGGAAGCCACCAUCAUUACCAGAUCCUCAAAGGAAGAAUCUUCUUCAGAAAUGAGGUGAAUUAAUGCUCGGGCUCUCAAGAACCCUGGACAGAUACAUGAGGUGUUUAAAACCUGCCCUGACCAUCUCGCCACACAGCUCCGUUAUGAGGCCUGACAGGAUGAACGCAGCGUGGAGGGACAGCGUCCUGCCCUGUCGGAGCGGUGACUGCUGACCCGCUGGGAGCAAGCAGGAGGUCCUCACAUUGUCUGCCAGCACAAUGAAGGAAGUGGUCUACUGGUCACCCGAGAAGGUGGCAGACUGGCUGCAGGAGAAUGCUAUGCCAGAGUACUGUGAGCCUCUGGAACAUUUCACGGGCCGGGACUUGAUCAGCCUCACCCAGGAGGAUUUCACGAAACCCCCGCUGUGCCUAGUCACCUCUGACAACGGGCAGCGGCUCUUGCACAUGAUAGAGACCCUGAAGAUGGAGCACCACUUGGAAGCACACAAGAAUGGCCACGCCAACGGGCACCUCAGCAUUGGCACCGGCGGCCCCGCCCCUCACGGCAGCUUCAGCAUCAAGGUCAAACCCAACGGGAUGCCCAAUGGGUACAGGAAGGAAAUGAUCAAGAUCCCCAUGCCAGAACCGGAACGCUCCCAGUACCCCAUGGAGUGGGGCAAGACUUUCCUGGCCUUUCUUUAUGCACUUUCCUGCUUUGUUCUCACCACAGUGAUGAUCUCGGUCGUCCAUGAACGAGUACCUCCCAAGGAGGUGCAGCCUCCACUACCGGACACGUUUUUUGACCAUUUUAACCGGGUGCAGUGGGCCUUUUCUAUUUGUGAAAUUAACGGCAUGAUCCUUGUGGGACUCUGGUUAAUUCAGUGGCUGCUCCUAAAGUACAAGUCUAUUAUUAGCAGAAGAUUUUUCUGCAUAGUUGGCACGCUGUACCUGUAUCGGUGUAUUACAAUGUAUGUAACCACACUCCCAGUACCCGGUAUGCAUUUCAACUGCUCUCCGAAGCUUUUUGGAGACUGGGAAGCCCAGCUGCGGAGGAUAAUGAAACUCAUCGCUGGCGGCGGCCUGUCCAUCACAGGCUCCCACAACAUGUGUGGGGACUACCUGUACAGUGGCCACACGGUCAUGCUCACACUCACCUACCUAUUCAUCAAAGAGUAUUCCCCUCGACGACUGUGGUGGUACCACUGGAUCUGCUGGCUUCUCAGCGUGGUGGGGAUCUUCUGCAUUCUCUUAGCGCAUGACCACUACACUGUGGACGUGGUGGUGGCAUACUACAUCACCACAAGACUCUUCUGGUGGUACCACACUAUGGCCAAUCAGCAAGUGCUAAAAGAAGCUUCCCAGAUGAACCUCCUGGCCAGAGUGUGGUGGUACAGGCCAUUUCAGUACUUUGAAAAGAAUGUCCAAGGAAUUGUACCUCGAUCUUAUCACUGGCCCUUCCCCUGGCCAGUAAUCCACCUUGGUAGGCAAGUUAAAUACAGCCGACUGGUAAAUGACACCUAACAGCUCUACAUGGUGGGGAAAAGAGGAACUGUCCGAAGUGCUAAGAACUCCAUGAGAGAAGAUGCCAUAAAAUAAACAACUCCCCUAAUCCUAUUAUCUUUCAACAAUUACCUUGACUAAACCUAUUGAGUUACCUGGUCAGCACUGUGAUCUUUUUUUCUCUCCAAAGGACCUGCGUUGGACAACAAUAAAGAAAACUCAACCUAUCAUACACUGUACACAUUUCCUGUUCAUAAGUUUGGGAUUUACAUAAUCUGCGACCACCAUGUUCCUUUGUAUAUGAUGCAACAGCAUAAAUGUAAGCUUUUAUAUCAUCAGUUCUGGUCUUUCCAGUUACAUCUGGAAAUAAAGCGUAUUAUUUUCUUGGGAAAACAUACUUUUCAUAUCUCUUGCCCCAAAGAUUGGGCUGUAAGCCAUUUUCUAGCAAAUGUCUCUAUGAAGGUUUCUUAAGUACCUGAAUGGGGUUCGAUUCUGAAAUCUUUCUACCUGUUGCACCGAUAUUCAAAUAAAAAUGACAGACACAGGAAGGUUUGGUAACUUUGGGUUUUGUAAAAAUCAGCAGAGACAGUGUGUCAAAAAGUGCAAAAAAAAAAAAAAAGAUUCUGUUAUAAAGUGAUUUUCUAAGUAUUUCCUAACUUUAUUUUUCAAAAUGAUGUUAUGAAAACCAAAUUUAAAGAUUUUUACAUGUCAGAGAACAGAGAGUUAAAAUUUAAAAAUGCUUCUUGGGAGAGAAAUUUGUCUAUGUUUCUAGUGCCUUUCUUGUCUUGAUUGUAUGGUCAGUAGGCAAUCUUCAAUGUUUUUAUUUAAAAUAAAUAUUCCAUGAAAAUAUAAAUGUAUGUAUACACUACUAAAUUUUGCAUUUAUAGCUAAAUUCAAUCAGAAGACUGUUUAUGGUUCUCAAAAUGCUAUGAAUUAAAGAAUGGGGGAAUUAAUUGGAAAGUCAGAGCCUGUUCCCAUAUUGUGAGCAGGUGGCAAUGACAUGUACCACUUCAAUUAUUUUACCAUCUAUUUGGUAGUUCGAUUUUAACUAUACAAUGAAAACAGCCAUGAAUACUUUGUUUUUAAAAAGAGAGUUUUGAAAAUGAUCACUUAACUAAAACUUGAAAGCUAUAAAUUAGUUCUCCAUACUCUCAUGACAAUUUUGUUGGUGAACAACAAAAAAGAGAUCUAUUUCUUUAAAAUAUAUUUGUGCAGGAACUGCAUGUAGUUCUAAGUUUUACUCCUAACAGAAGUAUGUUUGGGGAAGUAUUCUAUUCUAUACUUGCCAAUGUGGAGAACAAAAUAGUUUUUUAAGGAUGAAGAAGUAUAUAUAUCCAUUCUGUAUUUUAUGUGCAGCAGAAUUAUCUUCCGUAGGGUUUUUUGUGUAUUCACAAGGUGAUAUUUGUAUUGUAAAACAAUAAUGGUGAAGGAAAUAAAAAGGCUUUUAAAAUUUUGUUUGUUUUAAA